AUGGUUCGACCGGGCUACGGCGGCGCCCUUGACACGCCUAGAACAAAUAUUGGCGAUGCCACUUACCUCGAUCGAGCGCCGGACUUUGGCGAUAUUUCACAAGAGCUGUCCUUCCAGUCUCCCUCAAAAGAUGGCAAUGUGCUGGACCAGCUACGAGAUGGCAGAGGGGGCCAAAUCCGAACACCACGACGGAAUCCCCUAACUGAUCGACAGAACCUUCCACCAAGCAUCGGAGGAGCAGAGUUCACUCCCAUGCUGAAGUCGGCAACCAGAAACAGUGUUCGACGCCGUGGGAAAGAGAACGGAAACAACAUCUUCAACACACCAGGACUCGACCGAAUCGACGAAAAUGAUAUUACCGCACUACCUACGAUUGACAACUCCAUGUUUUCAUCAUCACGCCAGUCAUAUAUGGAUCAUACCAGCCUUCCGGUAGCUGACAGCAGUAGUGUAGCUUCAACGCCGCUGGCACUUCCGCGCCGCAACGGUGCUGACCAAGGACCGUUACAAGAUGGCAACCAGCUAUCACUACGAGAGCAAGAGAAUGUGAUUGAUCGUAUAGAAAAGGAGAAUUUCGGCCUCAAGCUCAAGAUUCACUUUCUUGAAGAAGCUCUCCGCAAAGCCGGCCCUGGCUUCAGUGAAGCUGCCUUGAAGGAAAACACUGAACUUAAGGUGGACAAGGUCACAAUGCAGAGAGAGAUGCACCGUCAAAAGAAGCAACUGAUAGUGACGGAGAGAGAAGUCGAAACUCUACGCAGCCAACUCGUAGAAAUGCAAGAAAAGCUGGAUCAUCACGCCGCUGACUCACACCUACGAGACGAGGUUGACCAACUACGCCACGAGCUGGAAGAACGCGACGGUGAUGUACAGGAUUUGCGACAAAAGCUCAACGAAGAGCGAGAUAACAACGACCAGCUGGCAGAGCUCCAAGAUAAUAUUGAAGAUUUACAAGCCGAUGUCCGCGACAAAGAUCGCCAGUUGACAGAGCGCGAGGAUGAACUAGAAGCAAUGAAGGAGAAGCUCGAGGAAGCGGAGGAGAGAAUCAAGGACGCUGAACACAAAGCGGGCCAAGACAACGAGGAGGAUAACGAAGAACUUGAAGAAGCCAAGGAAACAAUCCAGGAUCUAGAGCACACCAUCCGUAGCCUGGAGACUGAGAUCGACGAGCUAAAAGACAAAAUGAAAGAUGUAACAAUGGACAAAGAGCGCGUGGAACAAAAUCUUGAAGAGUUACAGGAGGAAAUGGCCGACAAAUCCGUUGUAACAAAGGGCCUGUCUCGCCAGAUAGACGAAAAGGUGAUUCGUUUACAAAGCGAGCUCGAGAAAUCUGAGAAGGACUACGCUGCCCUCGAAUCCGAACUUACCAACGCCAACACCGAAAACGAACAGCUGCGCGGUACCAUCCAUGACCUUGAGCAGGCCAAAUCCAGUCACGACCAACAAGACGGAGCCGCAAACACAAGGAUCCAAGAACUCGAGCUGGCUCUGGUUUCUCAGUCUGAGGAGAAGGAGGCCCUUCAAGCACGCAACGAAGCUCUUGAUGCUGAGUCUGCAGGUCUCCAAGAAGAUGUACAGCGGCUAGAGAAGGAAAUCGAAGAUUUGGAAGCAGCUGUAGAGAAGGAAAAAGCUUUCAUGGCUGAAGCAGACAAGGAUCUCCAACGUCAAUAUGCAGACGAAUUGGCACGACUGAACGACGAAAUUUCCGACCUCCAAGCGGACAUACGCGAAAAGGACAACCUGUAUGAUAAUGACAGUGAGAAAUGGGAAAACGACAAGCAGAGGCUAGAGGCUGAACGUGAUUUGGCGGAAGACCGGGCUGCAGGCUUGCAGCGCACUAUUGAUCGUCUUCGCCUGGCAGAGGGAUCACUUUCAGAUAAAGAGACGCAACUCCAACAGGCUAUACAAAGCGAAAAUGACCGCCACCGCUCCGAGGAAGGGUUACUCUCCAAGCAGAUCGACGACCUCCAAGAUGCUCUCGAAACCCGCCAGACUCUACUGACUAGUGUGCGCAACGAGCUCUCCGCUGUUCGAGAUGAGCUUCGCCAGUCGCAGAUCAAUUAUCAGACACAGGCUAACAAGGUAUCGACUUUGGAAGAUGCCCUUGAGACGGCCCGCUCUGCUCGUCCCUCCACCAUGACACCUAGUCGCUCAGCCAUGACGCCUAGCCGCUCAGAUGCACGCGCUACGCAGGAGUGCGAGAGAUUGCGUGAAGAGAUCCGACUGCUUCGCUCUGCACACGAUGCCUCUAAUCUUCUCCGUGGUGAUGGUGCAUCAUUCUUUAGCCAGAGAGGGGCCGCAUCUCCCUCUAAGCUUAAGAACCAGCUCUCUGAAGCGAACACCAAGCUUGAUAAAGUUACUGCUGAGAAGCGAAGUCUCCAAAAUGAACUGGCAACUAUUCGUGCCGAGCGCGAUGAGCUCAACAGCGCUUUACGACGAGCUGGUGCAAAGGAGAGUGAUGUUGCUGUGAUUGAUAAGGAACGGUUGGAAUUACGAACAUCUAAGCUCAAGCUAGACAACGAGAUUCGCCGUUUGAAGGAAGAGAAUGAUGCCCUUGCUCGACAGAGGAAGACUGCGGAAACGGCACUGGAGGACGAGAUUGAGAAGGCUGCUGAGGAAGAGGAGCGACUUAGCCAGGAAAUUUUGCAGCUUCAGUCCAAACUGCGCCAGAAUACUUCGACGGAGACAACUGACGGCGCCUCCACCAGGCGAACCAUUCGUGAGUUGGAGCGUCGCAUCGAAGACUACGAAACCCGAUUGGCAGCUGUGAACACUGGCGAUGUGGACGUCGAACUAUCCUUUAUUAGACGUGAUCUUUCGGCCGCUAGGCAAAAGGAGCUCGACUUUAUUCAGAAGGAGUCCGCUCACAGGGAUAUGGUUAAGAAUCUUCGACAAGAAAUUGCGCAACUCGAGAGCCGAAUCCACAACGACCAAGUGGCCAAGAUCUCUACUAAAUCCCCAGCUCGCUCUCCAGCUAAGCCUGCACCGGCACACGCUGAGACAACGGAGCUUAUUGAAGAGCUCCAGGAGCAGCUGAAUGAUGCAGAGGAUCAAAAGAUUGUUUUGGAAGAGAUUUUGGAAGAAGCGCGGCAGCAAGCGGAAGAAAUGGCUUCCGACUAUGAGCGUGAAAUUCAACGACUGCAGCACGAACUGAAAAAGAUGUCACGAGAACGCGACGCCGUAUUGGAGGCUGCUGCUGUGUCAGAUUCGAGCAAAGACAAGAAAUCACGGUCACUCCGCAAGUCGCAGGCUGAGAUUGAAAACUUGGAACACGAUGUCGUCCAGCAACAAGAGAUGCUGCAGACCUUGGCCGAGGCGGAGAGUGCACUGCGCCGUAAACUUGAGCGUGUUCGCGCCGAGCGAGGAGCUUUCCGCAUGAGCGCUGAGAAGCUGCAGCGCGACCUCCUCCGAAGCCAGUCUACUGCUGAGCACCAGCGACUGCUUACCGCUAAUGGCGAGGCUGAAGCUGCACUAGAGAGCGUUGUGCGAGCGUCAGAAGGGGCUCGAGAGAAGCACCGCAAGGAAGUCAAGGGCAUGGUUAUGCAGAUGGAAUGGAUGCAGGCUCGUUGGGUCCGAGAGGCUAGCUUGCGUGCUGAUGCGGCGUUUGCAAAGGGCUUUGUGCAACUGCAGCUUGAUGUUGCCAAUGCUUGCAACAAGGCCCAGCUGCGGGAGCUGGAGCACAUCCGCGUCAACUUGCUCGGUAACCGCCAGCAGCUGCGAACCAAGGUAAAGAGCGAAGAGGACCGCAAGCCAACCCUCAAAACAUUCUUUGUCAUGGCACGCUUUGUGGCGAGGAUGAAGAUUUCUGCUCGCCAGUGGGCUGGGCAGGAAGCCGUUCGUAAGCGAAUCGUUGCGGUGACGGAGGAGGGUAAGAAGACUAGACGGUCAAGAAGACUGCGGGUUGUUGAAGUAUAA